AUCCCUCGAACCUCUCCCCAAAUCGAAAACCCUGUCUGUCUGUCUGUGUCUGUGUCUCUUCUUCUUCUUCUUCUCCUCGUUCAUGCCUUAUUAGCGAAAUUAAUUAAUUGACUUAGCUUACUGAGAAGAGAUCAUCGUCGCAGACGCAGACCUCGAUGCCCCUCCCAUGGAAGAAGAAAUCGAGGUCGUCCUCCGCCCGAAUCUCCCGCCUGGUGGCCGACCUCCAGUCGCCGCCCAAGCGCGGUGGAUCCCUCGUCGUCCAGACCGGCUUCCCCACCUCCCUCAUCGACCUCUUCGUCAAGAACCGCGACCGCCUCAAGAAGUCCUCCAAGAAAACCAAGCACAGCGAUAGCCGCGACCGCCCCGACACCCCCGCCAUCGACUCGACACCGCUCGAUCCGCCGACCCACGAUCCCCGCCUCACGUCACCGGCCGAGGAUCACGCCGGCCCCGCUUUGGAACUCCUGGCUGACAUCCCGGAGGGCCAGGUCGAGGGCGGCGAUCGAGAAUUUCAGACCGAAGGUGUUCGCGGCUUUCCCAUUGUCGCGGAGGUUCCCGAUCGAGGGGGUCUCGGUGGGUCUUGCCGGAAUCGGGUUUCUUCCGUGGUUUGGAUGGUUUUUACGGUGGUGGUUUUGGCCCUGUGCACGAAGGGGUUCGUGAUGGGGAUCACAAUCUCGACCGCUGUUCUCUUGUUGCUCGAGCAUAUAAGCAAGGAAAUCCCUAGAGCGAGGAGGGCUCGGGAGAUCCGCAAUUAUCGAUCCAAGAGGGAGGCAUUCAUUUUCGAGGGGACAGAGGAGUGGCAUUUUGCGGAGGAAGAGAUAGCUGAUGGAGGGCGCGAUUCGGUCAGCCCACCGGAGGGCAUCGAAGGCCAUGACGAGUCGAAUGGGGAAAUCGAGGCUUUGAAGCCCGAGACGCCAGUUCUGGCUCAGAACGAUAGCUUAGGCCUGAUUCCCAGCCCGGAAUUGCUUAGACGGGAGAGCAGCUGGGGGAGCUUGGAUGCAGAGCCAGUGGCAUUGGCAAGUGCUGUGCAGGGAACUGGGGAUGAAGGCACCAAGAAAAAAUCGAAGAUCAUGAAGAGGAUCAUUGUGCCGAUGAAGUUGAGAAAUCAAGCGAAGCGCAAAGGAUAACAACCUCAAAUCUUGAGUUUUAUAGGGAAGAAGAGCAAGAAGUGUUGGAAGUGAGAUAGAAAGCUGUAAAUCGAGCAGAGGGGAAGGAGGAACUGUAAAAAAGUUGUUGUGCUGAUACAUCACUAAUUGCACUCUCUUUUCGAUCUGUUUGUUGCCAAUUCUUUCCGAUCCGGCAUUGAUUUCCCGUCUUUAUGAUCCUGAGCAACACUUGCAACACGCAGGCGCUGUCCUCGAAUUGAGGAUGCAUAGGCUUGUUAUGCUUGACCCUAUGAGCAUGUAUCAGUUCUGCUGUCCUAAUCUUAGGAUAUUGUCCUAAUCUCAAGGGGUUCAAAAUCCCGUGAGGCCAGUGGAGUGCUUUUGCCGUGAUUAUCCGCUCCGUGCGUUGUCGGAGAUUCAAAAAGCCCCGAGGAAUUAGUCAGUGAAGCCCGGGCACCCUCGGGUCCUUAGGAAUUCGAUUAUGUAAGUUUGGAAUAUGGGAUUGACAAUAUCUGAAGCGAAAUGACGACAUAUGUUAUGA